AGACUCAGACUCAAAGAACAUACGAGCAGUCCACAACUGAAUAGUCUACUUCUGACACCAUGUGUUACUACAGAGGAUACUACGGAGGUCUGGGCUAUGGCUAUGGAGGCCUAGGCUAUGGCUAUGGCUGUGGCUAUGGCUGUGGCUAUGGCUGUGGCUAUGGUGGCUAUGGUGGCUAUGGUUAUGGCUGUUGCCGCCCACUGUGCUGUAGAAGGUACUAUGGCUUCUACUGAGGGCUUUCGACAUCUGCUCAGUCUAUUGGGUAUAACCUGCUGUCUCACUGGAAGACAUAUCAGUUCAAAUCAGGAAUUCUUAAAUAUCUUCCGAAAUUCCAACAUUAUACACAACUCUGUGGAAGAUGAUUGAAAAGCAGCAUUUCAGUCUCAUUUGCAGGUGGAAUGUGUGGAAGCUUGCAGAGGACUUCAGAAUCCUUAUAAUAUUGACUAGACCAAGAUUCUGUGGGGAAAUCAACUCCUGUGUGAAGACAUGUGAUUACAAAUAAACUGUCUUG